GAUUGAGUUAUCAGAGGGCGUAAUUAUUACUGUUCGUAAUGAAGAUCCCCGAUCUAGGUCCACGUAAUGGAAACCAUACACGAACGUUCAUCACAUUGCUGUUCGGAACAGUCCUGGGUUUCAUGUUUUCCACGCUCAUCACCUCCUCGAAUGGACGACAACCGUGGAUUCCUGAUUACUCUCGUCAACGUGAACCACCAUCGAUCGUGAGUGAUCCACACACGGGAAAUGAUCUGCGAGAAGCCUCCGGACCGGAACAGGACGUUGGUCAACAUGCGGCUCAUGAGGAAGUGCAUGCUCACGAGAACGCAUCGCUCGCACAUCAACUUCAGCGGGACGUGCGUAUUCUGUGCUGGGUGAUGACCAAUCCGAGCAAUCACAAGAAGAAGGCAUUACAUGUGAAACGAACGUGGGCUGGCCGCUGCAACAAAGUACUUUUUAUGAGCUCUGUCGAAGAUCCGCUGAUAGACUCGGUUGCGUUGCCGGUAAGCGAGGGUCGUAACAAUUUGUGGGCUAAGACGAAAGAGGCGUUCAAGUACAUUUAUCAGCAUCACUUGGAUGACGCCGAUUGGUUCCUUAAGGCCGACGACGACACAUACGUGAUCGUGGAGAAUCUCCGUUACAUGUUGUACUCUUAUUCACCGAGUCAUCCCAUUUACUUCGGAUGCCGGUUUAAACCCUAUGUAAAGCAAGGCUACAUGUCUGGCGGUGCCGGAUACGUGCUCAGCAAGGAAGCGGUGAAACGUUUUGUGGAGGAUGCCAUACCGAAUCCGAUAUGCCGUCAGGACGGCGAUGGUGCCGAGGAUGUGGAAAUGGGAAAGUGUAUGGAAGCGGUUAAAGUACUCGCAGGUGAUUCGAGAGACUCGGUUGGACGAGGAAGAUUUUUCCCGUUUGUACCAGAGCACCAUCUCAUACCUAAUCAUGUAGAUAAGGACUUUUGGUACCUUCAGUACGCUUACUACAAACCAGAUGAGGGGCUGGACUGUUGCUCGGACAAUGCUAUCUCGUUCCACUACGUGUCGCCCAAUCAAAUGUACGUGCUUGAUUACUUGAUCUAUCAUCUGCGACCAUACGGCAUAGUUGCUCACUCGCAACCCCUACCAAAGAAGCUCAGUCUUGGUGAUAUUGUGCGGGUCGAUGAUCUAGGCAAGACCACCACGAAAAAGGCCUCUCAACACCAUCGGCAAAAUUCCUACAAGAGCCGCUACCAAAGGGUGGAUGAAAUGCUGCAGGACGUUACGGACUCUGAUACCAAAGCUAAUGAACCAAAUAACUAAUUAAUGCUAGUUGUAAAGCAAAGUACCAAAACAAAACAAAAACGAAAGGAUUCAUAGAAGAAGUAGAGUGAAGCUGUACCGAGGAGCGUACAUGUUGCAACACGGAAUGUGUUUCACACCCGUGCAAUGAUCGAUUGGUUUGAAUGUAUGAAUGCGUGAAUGUGUUACUUUUGAAUGAGGUAUCCUGGUUGGUAAGGUAAGUUCACUCGAAAAGAAUGUCAUUUAGGAUUAAAGAGUAGCAUGUAGCAUGAAGGAGAUCACUGGUUGCAAAUGGGAGCAGAUUUUUUUCACCCGUGAGCCCAUUUGACAGAUAAUAGUUUUUCUUCGUCCUUUAAGAACAUCUACUCCAGCUCUCGAUUUUAUUGCCGAAUCGUGCGAGACUGCCACUUCUAGAGGUGUAAAAUAUCGCUUGCAAGAGUUCUAAGUUCUAGAAUCGGGAAGAAUAAU